AUGUCUAGUGAUUUAAGCUACAUUUGGAGGGUGCUCAAACCUGGUCUAAACUUGCAGGAUCACCUUACCCUGCGGGGAUCCUUUUGGGAUCUCCGCAGGAUCCCACGAAGGCUGGAAACAACAAUACUGCAAGAGCAAAUAGGAAAAGAGACAACACAUAACAACAAUGCUCAGUGGCUCAUGGAGAUAAGAGCAAAAGACAACUAUGAAGAGGCCACUAGGAAAGCCGGAACCACCAAAUACCUGCAGAGAGUGAGGCAAGUGAGGAGUAGUCUGCUGAAUAGGAAAAACAAGAUCCAGACAAUCAAUACCUAUGCCCUGCCGGUGAUCAGUACUCGCCACCCCAAAGUUCUCAAAAUAACAGUUUUGGUUUGUGUAUUGGUAGGUUUAGCUGGUCUAAUUGUAGGUGUUGUUAUUUGGUAUUAUAAUUGUAAAAAUGAUGAUAACCCGUCGUGCAAGGACCCUGAUCGCCCUUUCUCAAACGCUGCAGUGGCCGCAGACUCCGAGAAAUGUUCAGAGAUUGGACGGGACAUUCUUCAGAAAGGCGGCUCUGCAGUAGAUGCUGCCAUUGCUGCGCUGCUGUGCACCUCCAUCAUCAACCCACAGAGUGCGGGGAUCGGAGGCGGGGUCAUAUUCACUGUGAUGGACAGUUCCGGUAAAGUGAAAAUCAUCACCUCCAGAGAGACUGUCCCCAGAAAUGUGAACUCUGACCUGCUUAAGUCGUGUCCUAAAACCACAGAGUGGACCGUGGAGUGGAAGCAAGAGAGGAGUUGGAUUGGGGUUCCUGGGGAAAUUCGAGGUUAUGAAGCAGCACACCGGCUUUAUGGGAAGUUGAAGUGGGCUGAACUCUUUAAGCCGACCAUCAAAUUAGCCAGAGAAGGAUUCCCUAUUCCUUACUACCAAGGUCAACACAUCCCACGCAUUAAUAAUACGUCAAUACGGGAGUUAUAUUUAGAUAAAAAUGGGAACCUGCUUAAGACUGGUGAUACUGUGAAAUUUGAGAAACUUGCUGACACUUUGGAGACGAUCGCAAACGAGGGACCAGAUGCGUUUUACAACGGAACAAUAGCGAAGAAUUUAAUCAGUGACAUACAGAAAGCAGGAGGAAACCUCACACUGCAGGACUUGGCAUCGUAUCAAGCUAAUGUGACUGAUGCGUGGAAUAUUUCUCUGGGAGACUACCGGAUGUACUUCCCUCCGCCUCCUUCAGGAGGAGCCAUCCUCAGCCUCAUCCUCAACAUCAUGAAAGGAUACAAAAUGAAUUCAGAACCUAAUGCAACUGAUGAAAAGAUUUUGUUUUAUCACCGUUAUAUUGAAGCUUUAAAAAUUUCCAAUGGAUUAAAGAAAGAUAUCAGCGAUCCAAACUUCAGCUCAGAUGAAGCCCCGGCGUGUUACUACAUCAGUACCACACAUGUGUCUGUGCUGGCUGAAGAUGGAUCUGCUGUGUCUGUCACCAGCAGCAUCAACGACGAAUUUGGCUCCAAGAUCCUCUCUCCAAGCACUGGAAUCAUUCUCAACAACCAGCUGACUGACUUCUGUAAUAGAACUAGCACCUCUCCCAGUAGGAGAUCAGCAGGAUACUUUUUACAUUUAUUUUUUAUGAAAUACAAAGCAGAUGGCAGACAGCGCGUCGUGUGGGUGACCGGUUUGCUGACGUCAACGUUGUGGAUCGAGCGGCUCAUGGUGGCGGUGGAGUUCUGGUAUGGGCAGAUCCGCCCCUGCACACCAGAUACUGACUGCUUUCUAGUUUUGUCCUGCAAUUCAAGGUCUUUGUUGUAUUUCUCAGGGGAGCGGCCUCCCUCCAAUAUGGCCCCAUCUGUGCUGAAGUCUCAGUCGAAGACGCUGGUGAUUGGAGGGUCUGGUUCUGAAAUGAUUCCACCGGCAGUGGCCUCGGCGCUCAUGAACCACCUUUGGUUUGGAAAGAGCCUUAAGGAGGCAAUUGUUACUCCUGUUGUUUUUGUUGACUGUCAAAGUGAAGUAGAAAUUGAAUCUAAGCUUGAAAAGGAUGUAGUUGAUGGUCUUGAAGCUAAGGGACAUAAAAUAGCAAAAUUCUACAACACAGUUAACGCUGUGGAAAAGGAGGACAGCUGUAUCUCUGCAUGGUCUGAUGAAAGGAAAAAAGGCAAAGCAGCUGGUUACUGA